AUGUGCUGGUCAUCACUCCAUGGCUACCAGGGACCUGGAGCCCUUGAAUCUGAAGAAACAACCGCGAUAAUUGCAGCCACGCAAGGUUUCCUCGCCGCACUGAGCACCAAGUCUCGUGUCGAUUUUGAUAAACACUGCGUGCGAGCCGGAGGGAUGUCCCUUUCGCCCCCGCCUCCAACAGGCCUCCGGUUCUGCACCCUCGGUUCAUUUGUUGAGCAUGUUGCUUCGAUCAAAGAUGUCAUCGACGAGCGGAUAUGGGACCCCGAAGUGAAGGUUCACGAAGCUGGAAACUUGGCUGCUGUAUGGGCGCCAUUUCGGGCGAAAAUCAAUGGAAUCGUCGACCACGUCGGUGUUGAGCUUUUCGUUUUGCACAAAAUUGAUGGGAAAUGGAAGGUGACUGGGCUGGCCGACUCAUGCCGACUGCCGACUGUGGAGGAGAUGCUCUUGGAGUAA